AUGAUCAAGCUUGCAGUCACUGCGGCACUGGCCGCGAUUGCGCUUCCCACAUGUAUUUCAGCGCUGGGUCUCGACCAGGCCGCCGUCGCCGCCGGUCUGACAUAUUUUGGCACUGCCACCGAUAACCCUGAGCUCACGGAUAUUCCCUACGUGACGCAGCUGAACAACACGGCGGAUUUCGGGCAGAUCACUCCUGGUAACUCGCAGAAGUGGGAUGCUACCGAGCCCUCGCAGGGCACCUUCAGCUUCACCGAGGGCGACGUCAUCGCGGAUCUGGCUGAGGCGAAUGGCCAGUACUUGCGAUGUCAUACGCUGGUCUGGUAUAAUCAGUUGCCCAGCUGGGUGACCAGCGGCACCUGGACGAACGCCACCCUCAUCGCUGCCAUGCAGAACCACAUCACGACCGUCGUCUCGCAUUACAAGGGGCGUUGUCUGCACUGGGAUGUGGUGAAUGAAGCCCUGAACGACGAUGGCACCUACCGCACCAACAUCUUCUACACGACCAUCGGCGAAGCCUACAUCCCCCUCGCCUUCGCCGCCGCCGCCGCCGCCGACCCCUCCGCCAAGCUCUUCUACAACGACUACAACCUCGAAUACGGCAGCACCAAAGCCGCCAGCGCGCGCGCCAUCGUCCAGCUCGUCCAAGCCUCCGGGGCCAAAAUCGACGGCGUCGGCUUCCAGGGCCAUUUUGUCGUCGGCACCGUCCCCAGCCAAGCCUCCCUCGUGAGCGUCCUGCAGUCCUUCACCGCGCUGGGCGUCGAGGUCGCCUACACGGAAGCCGACGUGCGCAUCCUGUUGCCGACGACGGCGACCACCCUCGCCCAGCAAUCCAGUGACUUCCAGGCCUUGGUGGGGAGUUGUGUCGCGGUGGACGGGUGUGUGGGGUUCACCAUUUGGGAUUGGACCGAUAAGUAUAGUUGGGUGCCCAGUACGUUCACUGGCUAUGGGGCGGCGUUACCAUGGGAUGAGGAUUUGGUGAAGAAGCCUGCUUAUGAUGGCUUGUUGGUGGGGUUGGGGGCGAGUGUGUCGACGACGACGACGGCGACGACGGCGUCGAGUACGGCUUCGGGGGUGACUGUGACUGCGACUGCGACUGCCACUACGACUACGACUGCGGCGCACUGGGGUCAGUGUGGGGGAAGUGGGUGGACGGGGGCCACGGUUUGUGCGAGUGGGUAUACGUGUACUUAUGUCAAUGCUUGGUAUUCGCAGUGUCUUUAG